AAGAUCUUUCUCUCUUUCUCUAUCUGUCGCUCUCUCUUACUCUCUCCUCCCAAUCUUUCGCACACGCGCGCUCGAGUUUCUCUGCUUGCUGCCAUGGAGGCCAUGAAUAGCCCCAUUACGCAACGACCCAGGUUUAUAGAAGCUGCUCCGUUUUCUCAGUCAUCCUCUUCUUCACCAUGUAGAUCUUCGGCUUCCUUUGUUGGUUUUCGUAAGACCAUCCAGAGCGGCGAUUGUCGCAGUAUUGGAUGCGGUACAGCUUAUUCCAGUCAUGGUUUUCGAUCGCGAACGUCCUUUAUCCCGAUUCGAGCGACAGCUCACGAGAAGGACGAUACUGAUGCGGAUCAGGGGACGCCGGAACAUGAGCUCCGUUUGGCUUCUGAAGAUUCUCCGUUGAUUGCGGAUAAUACAAGCAGAGUAGGCGGGAAAGGUGGUUCUUCUGAGAAUUUCACGGCAUCACCAGUUAUGGUGGGAAUAAGUGGAGGAAGCCGAUCCGGGCUUCUCAGGCCACCAGUCUCAGGUGGGGUUCAGAGUGCGACUUCUGCUCAUGAUUUACCUCGUCCAGCCUUGGCAGUUCGGAAUCUGAUGGAGCAGGUCAGAUUUGCUCACCUAUGUACCGUGAUGUCGCGUAUGCAUCACCGACGUCAGGGAUACCCUUUUGGGUCACUAGUUGAUUUUGCACCAGAUUCAAUGGGCCAUCCAAUCUUUUCAUUUUCGCCGUUGGCUAUCCACACAAGAAAUCUGCUAGCUGAUCCACGAUGUACGCUUGUUGUUCAGGUGCCUGGAUGGAGUGGAGUGACGAUUUUUGGAGAUGUCUACCCGCUUCCUGCAGAUAAGCAGGAAUGGGCUCACAAGCACUACAUUGCGAAACAUCAACAAGGGGCAUCUCAGCAGUGGGGUAAUUUCUAUUAUUACAGAAUGGAAAGCAUCAGUGACAUCUACUUCAUUGGUGGGUUCGGUACAGUUGCGUGGGUAGAUGUGAAUGAAUAUGAAACUCUUCAACCUGACAAAAUUGCUGUUAAUGGUGGAGAGCAGCAUCUGAAGGCACUCAAUGCUAUGUUCUCAAAGCCACUUAAGGAGCUAUUAUCAGCGGACGCAGAGAUCGAUGAUGCAGCUCUCAUAUCCAUAGAUAGCAAGGGCAUUGAUGUGCGUGUUAGGCAGGGUGCACAGUUCCACAUUGAGAGGAUCCCAUUUCAAGCCGGCCAUGAAGUUGAAACUCUUGAAGAAGCAAAAGCUGCAAUCCAGAAAUUGAUAAAUAAAGGUUCUAGACUAAAUUUAAUCUACAGAGGUUGAGGUUUACCUGGGUUAUUUGUUUUGAUUUUGGAGAAACUGGGCAUGCUUUUUUGUUUCUCCUGUAGCGAAAUCUAGAAAUGAGAAUAUGUGUUUGUAAGACCAACGUAGAAGAACGUCACGCUCCUGUUGGAAAAUGGCAAGCCUCUGUAUAUAUGUUGUAACUUUUUAUCUCUUUUGGCAAAAGAGUUGGAGAUGAUAUUUAGAUGUGAAUUUCACAUGAAUUAUAGAGCUUCCCUUGUAGCU